ACAGUUAUUUUGUAGUGGUUUUUAAUUUUGGAUAAUUAUAAAUAGAAAGAACAGAAACGUUGGGGGGUGGUAGAGACGGGUACCAUCAAAUCCCUAAUCUCCCAAAUUGAGGAGGAUCUCGACGCGAGUGAGUGAGAGAGAUGGGGGCGGUGACGACGGCGCUAAUAGCGAUCGCGGCGGUGGCGCUGGGAUGGUGUACGAUCGAGAUAGCGUGCAAACCGUGUCUUGAGAAAGGUCGGGAAGCAAUUGAUCGGAAUCUCAACCCGGAUUACGAUCCCGACGAUGAGACCACAGCCGGCUCCCUUAAUGCUCCACUUAAUCCCGGCAAUAAGGCCGUUGACGCCACUCCGGAGGCUUCUUCCAUUGUUCCCAAGGCAGUCUAAGGCUUUCACUGGCAGUAAUCAGUCCCUGGUUUAUGAAAUUGGCUCGCGAAUUUCUUUUUGUUCUCGCCUUGUGUUAAUUUUUUCUUGAGUUUCUUAAUGCCUUUGUCCCCCCCGGCAGAGUGCUGUUUAAUAUAUGAAAAUUUUAGGGAUCGGAGCUAUGCAAAAUGGGGUAAUCGAGUGAUCUUCCAGUUUCUGUAUCGUUGUCAUGUUUAUUGACUUUGUUGAUAUGGAAGAAUGACUGGAUCAGUCGUUGGGUA